UGUUACUGUUAGUUUAUCUAUCGACCAAGAAAUAGGGGUGGCCGUUUAUGUCUGGAGUUUUCCUUUGGUGGAUAUACUGCACCGUUUACCUGCUAGAGGGGGUCUGGGCCUUGUAGUUGUAUGUGCAUGUAAUGUACUGUACAUGUACAUUGUACUUUUCUUUUUCGUAGGUAGAUAGUAGUAGGUAGGUAGUUAUAGGAGAGAGAAUCAAUUGAUUCAUUCGCUCCCGUCAACAAUAGAAUUCUUCAGAAGACGAUUCUCCCUUCGAAAAAUUAACAAAUAAUUAUACGGAAAGAAAGAAAGAAAGAAAGAAGGGAAAUAAAUGCCUCCGAAGAAGUAUAAGGGGGGGAAGUUUAGAACCCAGCGUGACGGUGGUCGCCUACACUCAUUACUAUUGCGUGGAGAUGAUGUUGUGUUUUUAUUUGAAAGAGAGUGUUCUGUUCUUUCUAUCCCCACCGUCCUUUUUUUUUUUCCUUUUUUCCACACACUUCGCCGUUUUAUUUUAUUAUAUUUUUUAUCUCUUCUUCUUCUUGCUCCCACCCAACCAACCAACCCCUCGGGCCAUGUGCUGACUGACUUACUACUAUCUGUCUAUCCUACUUUCCUUUUGCUUUUUUUUUGCUUUUUCCCCGCGGGGCAUUGUGUGUGGGAAAAAAAAAAAAAAAAAAAAAAAAACCGACAACCCGGUUCCCAAUCUACGGGGAUAAACAACAUCUCCUAGCCGCCAGAACAAACCAAAAUAAAAAAUAACAAAGGGAACGAACGGGGACAGCAUAACAAUCGCAAGCAGGACACCAGAGAAAGAGAUAAUAAUAAGUAGAGGUAACAGUCCAGUCCAGUGCAGUCCAGUCCGCAGCGUGUUAGCAAAGUUAGCAUUGCAUUGCAUAUUCCACCUUUUCUUAGACCGGGGGCUGCUGCUUGCUGCUGCUGCUAUAAGCGCCACAACACCCCCCUCAUUUCUUGUGUGCUGCCGCCGCCGCCAGUAUCUUCAGACGCUCGAAAAUUCCAAAUUUCCCCGUAAUAGACUGCGACUCCUUCUUUUCCCUUUUCUCUAUCUAACUACUCUUGCUUCUUGCUUCUUCUGUCUCUCAAUCUCCCCUUCUCUCUUCUUUAGUUAGUUACUCUGUUGGUGAGCUCUGGUGUGUAAAAGAAAAAAGGGCUGAAUCAGGUGGGUUUCAUACAAACUCAGCUUCUCUUUCUCUCCCCUCUUAUUGAUUGAUUUAUAUUUAUUUCCAAUUUAUUUGUUUUUUCUUCUCCGUCUCCGUCUCCGUCUCUCUCUCUCUCUCUCUCUCUCUUUCUCUUCCUUCAAUUACACGGAGUGCUUCUCUCCCGCCAUUCCCUACAGCUGUAGUAAGUCUUGUUUAGCCUUGGUUCUGUAUUCACUUUUUUAUUUGUAUAUUUUUUUACUUUUAUUUUUUAUUCCGCGCCAGAUCAACACCUCGCCAGGACCUGAGCUUCGCUCUAAGAUGACCUAGCUUCAAGCCCGUUCUGUCCCGCCCAUCCCCCGCGCCCGUCGUUCAACUCCGUUUCCUCCUCCCCUGUCCUUACCACACAUUCUUAUAUAUAUCAAACAUCCAAGCAUCACCAGCAUCACCAGCAUCACCAGCAUCACCAGCGUCAUCAGCAUCAUCAUUCUUCAGGGUUCGUCACAAUACAAUCACCCACCCGGACAUUUCUCUCUCUCAAUGCACCACCACACCAAAGCUCCUCUCCUCCCCACCUCACAAACCAGCCGUCAUUGAUUAGAUCUAUUCACUGCACCACAAAAAAGAAAGAAGAAACAAAAAUCCGCCUUUUUUGGAAGAGGUUUAUACAUAUACAUAUAUAUAUAUAUAUAUUAUACAUAUAUCAUAUGUUGCGGAUGUGGGCUCACGGAAAUAUUUAUACAUAUAUAGUGUGACCUUUAUAUUUUUUGCCCUUGGAAUUUGCUGCCCAGCUUGGCGCUUGCUCCGGCUUUAAAACUGCCAGAGAAAAAGCCUGGAAACUGGUUGCUGCAGGUAAAAACACGAAACCCAGAAAAGAACACUGUCCACUCUCGACUUCCUCCUCGGCUCCCAACUUACUCAACCUUGCAUCCCUAUCCUCCUACAAAAGCUAUUUUUCGACGGAGCUAGUUCUCGUCAACAUUUCACACCACGCCCUUCCCUUGCACCUCCGUUUCCUAAUCGAAUCCCAAUAACGCGCUGGUCCUCGCCCACGCUACCUAAUCUGCUCGAUCACAGUCGAACUUUUAAAUGCUGGAAUAGGAAAAACUAUUAUACCUGCGGUAUUCUGCGGCGGUCGCAAUAUAAUUUUCACAUCCGGUUUCCCCUCCGUGAGGGCCUUCUUUCCGCGGUGGGCUCCCAAGAAGCUCACUGUUCCUAGAUAAAACCUUUUCUUUUUUUUUAUAUCUGUGUAUCAGGCGAAGUCCUUGAUAAACAAAUAAAUGCCAUAUUUGGCCUAUCAGACCCCUUCGUCCGUUCGACUAAACCCCCCCUCCUUCUCGAACAUGACGCCUUCAGCGACGGCACAGGUGCCGCAGCAGCCGCAGCCACCGCAGCAGCCACCGCAGCAAACCGCCAACGACAAAGUGCCCGAUCUAGCCUCACUGGGUGACCACAUCGAAGAAACAACCUUCGAGCAAAUUCUCGAGAUGGAUGAAGACUUUAAGCGUGAAUUUAGUAGGGACUUAGUAUACGGGUUUUUCGAACAGGCAGAAACUACAUUUUCGGAUAUGAAGAAGGCAAUCAAGGAAAAAGACCUCUACAAAAUCUACCAACUAGGCCACUUCCUCAAAGGCUCGUCGGCAACGCUAGGCCUCACAAAAGUGAAAGAGGCGUGCGAAAAGAUCCAGAACCUCGGAGCGGGCAAGGACGAGUCCGGCACGGUCACCGAACCCAAUAAGGAAGUCUCGCUGAAGAAUAUCGAGAAGACACUGAAUGAAACCGAGAAAGAUUACAAGGAUGCCGUCGUGCGGUUGAAAAGGUUUUAUGGCGAGAAGGUUUAAAAAAAAAAAAAGGAGUCUGAUAUCUACUCUACUUUUAUAAUAAUAAUGAGGGGCCAUGGGACGGAGAGUGGAAGGAGAUGGGGCUACAUGGUUUGGAAGGACUGAACGAUAUGAAGAGCUUUUCUGGUCUAUGGAACUAGAAUGCUUUUAAUUGAGAGAGAAGAAAUGUGCGGAGGUUUGGAAGGGAGGGAAAUAUAAUCACAUAAUGGACUAAAUUGUCUUGUGAUGUCUUCAUUACUUUUUUUUUUCUUUUCUUGUCUUUCUUUUAUUUUCAUUUGUUAAUUAAUUCUCUUGUUAUUACUUCUCAUUGUUUCUUUUUUAUUUCUUCUCUUCUUCUCUUCUUCUUCUUCUUCUUCUCCUUCUUCUCCUUCUCCCUCCCUUCUGGAAUUCUCUCUCAGGGGCGUUGAUAUAUUUUUACACAUGCCAUUUUGUUUUCUAUAUAUAUUCUUUUCUUUUUUUCAGUUUUUCAAUUUAAAAAAAAAAAAAAAAGAAUCUAUCUUCUUCAUGUACCCUUUGAGUUCCCUUUCUCCUAUUUUCUCCUCUUCUCUCUUCCCCUCCCCCUCUCCCGCUCCUCUCUUCUCUCUCCCCCUCUCUUCAUCUCCUACUUAACUUCCCCCUUCUCUCUUCCUCUUCUUCUCCAUACAACUUCUUGAUACCACGCAAGCCAUGUCCUGUUCCUGUUAUAUCAUACCCAAUCACAUCACGUUAUAUAUGCCUGUCUCACUCUCCGCCCCCCCCCGCUCUUCUCUCAUCCUCUUUCCUCCCCCUCAGUGUUCCGCGUAUAUAUAAAUACUUUCAAAAAAGAAAAUCUUCCGCGCGCAUCUUUUGCAACCUCAUUAUUCAUCUAUUUCAUUUUCAUCACUUCUCAUCAUCAAAAUCAAAAUUAAAAUAAAAGCCUGUCUUUGAUGUUUUAAUUUAUUUUCUCAUUUUUGUUUUCUUCUUCUUUCUCUUUCAAAAUUUUUUUUAUUUUUUUUUAUUUUUUUUUAUUUUUUUUUUUAACUUCUUGUGUCAUCACUUAUUUUCUUCUCUUUCUCUUUCUCUUUCCGUAUUGUUAUAUUUUCUUGUCUUUGGCACUGUGAUUCUUGUGUAAGAGGUGUGAGUGAGUGAUUGAAUGUAAAGAAUGAGAUAAAGUAAGUGAGAAUGUGCUGAAAAAAGAAAGCUAUAACAUGGCAUAAAGAGGUGAAGUCAGUGGUCACAAUGUGUGUAGAGAGAGAAAGAGAGAGAGGUCUGAUAUAUAUUGAAAAUAUCACUCAUAUCAAAUCAUUCUCUUUAUACUUCAUAUAAAGAAAGAGCUAGUUACAUCAGAAGCAACUUUUUAUAAGAGUUGAAUUAUAGUAUUGAUUUCUUCUUCUCUUCUGUAGUUUAUCAUAUCUGUGAAGAAAAUCACUAGAGCCUUGAAUAUCAAUAGAG